AUGGAGAGGAGGAUGAGGGAGAUCAGGCCCAGUGUGGUCAGCUCCUCCGUCAUCUUCUCGACCGCCGCCAGGAACCCGCGGCGAUUGGUGCGGCGCAGGUGGUCCCGGAUCCUGCCCAUGAUGAGGUUGAACAAGAAGGACAGGACCAGGAAGAAGACGAGCACCGGUGGGGGGGGGGGGCGGGGGGGCAUUGCAAGUGAAGGCCCGACCACCUGCGUGGGCUAG